CCAGUUGACAGUAAACAGGAGCUCUCUCAGUUGGACCAGGAGACCACUCCUCGGCACAAAAAGGAGUUCCUGAAUAAAUCGCAGGAUGUCUUGCUGAAGCAUCAGGCCAGCAUUAACGAGCUGAAGAGAGCCCUGAGGGAACCAAACAGCAAGCUGAUGAACCGCGAGAAGCGUCUGUCUGCUAGCUCUCCACCUGGAACACCUGAGAAAAAGGCAGAGCCUGUCUCUACUCCUGCCAUAUAUGAAGAGCCACUUGCUGACUUCAAGCCUCCAGUGGCAAAGAAAGACCCCAGUGCUGUGAGUGUGGCCCACAAACUGAAAAGGGCCGACACAAGGACAGAAACAAACACCAACGGAUCAGAGGUGGACCCCGACAUCCUGCACAUCUCACCGCAGAACUCUGGUUCUGUCAGCCCACAGGAAGAGCCUGGUGCCCUCAAAGAAAACGGCUCCCCUGUACAAGGCAGCAGACAGGGGAGGGAGUCUGUUGUGUCCCCGUUGACCAUCACCCCCGAGAGCAUCACCUCAGCAACAACAACACAAGUUACCAAGACUGUCAAAGGAGGCUACUCAGAGACCAGAAUCGAGAAAAGAAUCAUAAUCACAGGGGAUGAUGAUGUGGAUCAGCAUCAGGUGCUUGCCAUGGCGAUCCAGGAGGCCAAACAGCAGCAUCCAGACAUGCUGGUGACAAAAGCAGUGGUUAUCAGGGAAACAGAGUCUCCCACUGAGGAGCUGCCACGGAAAGUAGAGUCCUGAUGGAACAUGGUGGCUUCUCAGAUGGAAGGGGGUGGGGCUCAGGAGAAGGAUCCUCCAGCCAAGUGUUUCAUGCCCCACCAAGCAGCACGCCAUCAACCCCGAUGAGAGAACGUCUCCCCAAACUGUGUACAUGUAGACAUCAGAGCAGACUGCAACCCAUGAAGCUGUAGACCUUCAGCCCUGUACCUUUAGACAAACAACUGUGACCCAGUCCUGUCCCGGACCAGUCCUGCUCUCCCAUAGGUUUGGAAACAGGAAAUGUUGAUUCAACCUUGAAUCAAACACGUUUUAGUUCAUUAGAACUAACAAGCUCGACUUGUCAGACAUGAUUUCUUCCUGUUCCCAAACACCUGAAAUGUGUUUGCUCAUUGUCACCUCUCAGCUGGGACAAAUCCACUUUAAUCAACUGCUGUUUUAUUAGCUUUUUUUUUCUUUAUUCAUUUUUAUCUAUAGAGGAUGUAAUUUAUGUUCAGUGUUUGCCUGUUUAUCAGUAAUAUUAGAAUAUAAUCUGCAUGAUUCAGUCAUAAGAACAGAGGGAAAGAAAAGAAACACACGUUCCAUUAGAUACAAUGUGAGAAAAUGCAAAUGAGAGGGGGAAAAAUAAAAUAAAUUUAAAUACUGGGCCAGUACUGAUGAACUGGUACCAGUAAACAAA